AUGCUGAAAGAGUGCACAAGUCCUGAAGGUCAGAAAUGCCCCAGCCUAUGCGCUUGUAGCUUUGACGACUGCAACGAUGAUCUGAGUGUCUACUGCAGUGCACGGAACCUUACCACCUUGCCCGAAGACGUGCCCCGAAGUACAAGGAUGUUGUGGCUGGAUGGGAACAAUUUCACAACCUUGCCAGCUCUUGCUUUUAGGAACCUCUCCAACCUGGAGUUUCUUAACUUUCAGGGCAGUCAGUUAUCAGGGAUUGAACAACAUGCCUUCCAUGGUUUGGAAGGACUGUACUCUUUGCUCCUGGAACGCAAUCGGCUGAAGUCACUGGCACCCAAUAUCUUCCUCCACCUUCAGAAUCUGGCUUCCUUACGUCUCAACAACAACCAGUUCAGCAAGAUUGAAGAAGGUGUGUUUGCUGGACUUUCCAACCUCUGGUAUUUAAACCUAGGGUGGAAUUCCUUGGUGGUCCUGCCAGACAAAGUGUUCCACGACCUACCCAAUUUAAGGGAGAUGGUCCUGGCUGGAAACAAGCUGCACUACCUCCAACACCAAUUGUUCUACAGUCUCAGCGAGUUGCGGGAACUGGAUCUGAGUUGGAAUUCCCUCAAGGGCAUCAAAGGUAACAUCUUCACAAAGCUUCAAAAGCUGCUGAAACUUUACCUGAACCAGAACCAAAUCAACGCCAUCGCUCCGAGGGCCUUUUGGGGCCUGAAAUCUUUGAGAUGGUUAGAUCUCUCCCACAACCGUCUGGCUACCCUUUUUGAAGACACAUUCCUGGGACUUUCGAGCCUUCACGUCUUGCGUCUCUCCAGCAAUUCCAUCACUAGCUUGAGUCCCCGGACUUUCAAAGACCUGCAGUUCCUGGAAGAAUUGCAGCUAGGGAACAACAAGAUUCGCACCUUGCAGGAAAAGAGCUUUGAUAAAUUGGCUCAACUGGAGGUCCUUACUCUAAACGACAACCAGAUUCAGGAGAUCAGGCCUGGGGCGUUUCUCGGACUCUCCCACGUGGCCGUGAUGAACCUAUCGGGGAAUUGCCUUACAACUUUUCCUGAUUUCACUUUCAGGGGUCUCAGCCAUCUCCACAGCCUCCAUCUGGAAAGCUGCUGCCUCACCAGGAUCAGACCGCAAAUGUUUUCUGAUCUCUCCAGUCUCCGAAGGCUCUUUUUGCGAUUCAACGCCAUCUCCGUCGUUGAAGAUAACAGCUUGAAUGAUUUACACGAGCUGCUUGACCUGGAUCUCAAGCACAACCGGCUGAGAAGUCUCUCCCCGAAUCAGUUCGCUGGCCUAAGGAACCUCGAAUAUCUCCUCCUGUCCUUCAACCAGCUGGUAGAUCUCUCUCCUGAGGCCUUCGUCCCGUUGUCGCGUCUCUCCUGGCUUGAUCUCUCCAACAACUUCCUGGAGACCUUGGACGGCGGCACCUUGGCCACUUUCUCAAAACUGACUUAUCUGAACAUCAGGAACAACUCUCUGAAGACCUUCUCGGUGGAUUGGCUCGGCCCGUCACCUACACUGGUUCAGCUGUGGCUAGAAGGGAACAAAUGGGAGUGCAAUUGCUCGCUCAAGGGUCUCCGAGACUUCGCUCUGCAGCAACCCAGUGUGGUCCUGCGGUACACACAAUCUAUCACAGAAGAAGCACCUGAAUAUACCUACAACAACAUCACUUGCCUUAGCCCUGCGGAAGUGGUAGGACUUGAUCUACGAGACAUUCAAGAAGAUCAUUUUGCGGAUUGUUAA